CCCCGGAGCCGGGACCCGCGGCGGGGGCACGGCCAGCCUCCUCGUUCCUCCCUCCUCCUCCUCCUCCCUGGAGCGGCCAACAAUGACCACCAUGGUCAACGUGGACGCCCUUCCGGAAUAUGAGAAGAGUCAGAUCAAGAGAGCCCUGGAGUUGGGCACAGUGAUGACCGUGUUCAGCUUCCGCAAGUCCACCCCGGAGCGCAGGACCGUGCAGGUGAUCAUGGAGACGCGGCAGGUGGCCUGGAGCAAGACUGCCGACAAGAUCGAGGGUUUCUUGGACAUCAUGGAAAUAAAGGAAAUCCGCCCAGGGAAGAGCUCCAAGGAUUUCGAGCGCGCCAAAGCCGCCCGCCAGCAGGAGGACUGCUGCUUCACCAUCUUGUACGGCACCCAGUUCGUCCUCAGCACGCUCAGCGUGGCCGCUGACUCCAAGGAGGAUGCAACCAAGUGGCUCGCUGGCUUGAAAAUCUUACACCAGGAAGCGAUGAGCGCGUCCACACCCACCAUUAUCGAGAGCUGGCUGAGGAAGCAGAUUUAUUCGGUGGAUCAAACCAGAAGAAACAGCAUCAGCCUUCGGGAGCUGAAGACCAUCUUGCCCAUGGUCAAUUUCAAAGUGAGCAGCGCCAAGUUCCUCAAGGAUAAGUUUGUGGAAAUAGGUGCACACAAAGAUGAAUUCAGCUUUGAACAGUUCCAUCUCCUCUAUAAAAAACUUAUGUUUGAACAGCAAAAGUCGAUUCUUGACGAAUUCAAAAAAGAUUCCUCCGUGUUCAUCUUGGGCAACACCGACCGGCCGGAUGCCUCCGCUGUCCACCUGCACGACUUCCAGCGGUUUCUCUUACAUGAACAGCAGGAACUUUGGGCUCAGGAUCUGAACAAAGUCCGUGAGAGGAUGACAAAGUUUAUCGACGACACGAUGAGGGAAACCACGGAGCCCUUCUUGUUUGUUGAUGAGUUCCUCACGUACCUGUUUUCACGGGAGAACAGCAUUUGGGAUGAGAAGUAUGAUGUGGUGGACAUGCAGGACAUGAACAACCCCUUGUCCCAUUACUGGAUCUCCUCGUCACAUAACACGUACCUCACAGGUGACCAGCUGCGGAGUGAGUCGUCCCCAGAGGCGUACAUCCGCUGUCUGCGCAUGGGCUGUCGCUGCAUUGAGUUGGACUGCUGGGACGGGCCCGACGGGAAGCCCAUCAUCUACCACGGCUGGACGCGGACCACCAAGAUCAAGUUUGACGACGUCGUGCAGGCCAUCAAAGACCACGCCUUUGUUACCUCGAGCUUCCCCGUGAUCCUGUCCAUCGAGGAGCACUGUGGCGUGGAGCAGCAGCGCUACAUGGCCAGAGUGUUCAAGGAGGUGUUCGGCGACUUGCUGCUGACGAAGCCCACGGAGGCCAGUGCCGACCAGCUGCCCUCACCCAGCCAGCUUCGGGAGAAGAUCAUCAUCAAGCAUAAGAAGCUGGGCCCCCAAGGCGACGUGGAUGUCAACAUGGAGGACAAGAAGGAUGAGCACAAGCAGCAGGGUGAACUGUACAUGUGGGAUCCCAUUGACCUGAAAUGGACUCGGCACUAUUGUGCCAUCGCCGACGCCAAGCUGUCCUUCAGCGACGACAUUGAGCAGACCGCGGAAGAGGAGCUGCCCCAGGACACGCCCCCCACAGAGCUGCAUUUUGGAGAGAAGUGGUUCCACAAGAAGGUGGAGAAGAGGACGAGUGCCGAGAAGCUGUUGCAGGAAUACUGCUCUGAGACCGGGGGCAAGGACGGGACCUUCUUGGUGCGGGAGAGCGAGACUUUCCCCAACGACUACACCCUGUCCUUCUGGCGGUCCGGCCGGGUCCAGCACUGUCGGAUCCGUUCCACCAUGGAGGGCGGGACCAUGAAGUACUACCUGACUGACAACCUCAUGUUCACCAGCAUCUACGCUCUCAUCCAGCACUACCGUGAGACGCACCUGCGCUGCGCCGAGUUCGAGCUCCGGCUCACUGACCCCGUGCCCAACCCCAACCCCCACGAAUCAAAGCCGUGGUACUACGACGGGCUGAGCCGCGGAGAAGCGGAGGACAUGCUGAUGAGGGUUCCCCGGGACGGCGCCUUCCUCAUCCGGAAGCGGGAGGGUAGCGACUCCUACGCCAUCACCUUCAGGGCCAGGGGCAAGGUGAAGCACUGUCGCAUCAACCGGGACGGCCGGCACUUCGUGCUGGGGACCUCCGCCUACUUCGAGAGCCUGGUGGAGCUCGUCAGCUACUACGAGAAGCACGCGCUGUACCGCAAGAUGAAGCUGCGCUACCCCGUGACUCCCGAGCUCCUGGAGCGCUACAAUAUGGAAAGAGAUAUAAACUCCCUGUAUGACGUCAGCAGGAUGUAUGUGGAUCCCAGUGAAAUCAACCCUUCUAUGCCGCAGAGAACCGUGAAAGCUCUGUAUGACUACAAAGCCAAGCAGAGUGAUGAGCUGAGCUUCUGCCGCGGCGCCCUCAUUCACAACGUCUCCAAGGAGCCUGGGGGCUGGUGGAAAGGCGACUAUGGGACCAAAAUCCAGCAGUACUUCCCGUCCAAUUACGUCGAGGACAUUUCAACGGUGGAUGUGGAGGAGCUGGAGAAGCAGAUUAUUGAAGACAAUCCCUUAGGGUCCCUUUGCAAAGGAAUAUUGGAUCUCAACACCUAUAACGUUGUGAAAGCCCCGCAGGGGAAAAACCAGAAGCCUUUUGUCUUCAUCCUGGAGCCCAAGAAGCAGGGCGACCCUCCGGUGGAGUUCGCCACGGACAGGGUGGAGGAGCUGUUCGAGUGGUUUCAGAGCAUCCGGCAGAUCACCUGGAAGAUCGACACCAAGGAGAACAACAUGAAGUACUGGGAGAAGAACCAGUCGAUCGCCAUUGAGCUCUCGGACCUGGUCGUCUACUGCAAACCCACCAGCAAGACCAAAGACAAUUUAGAAAAUCCCGACUUCCGAGAAAUCCGCUCCUUUGUGGAGACGAAGGCUGACAGCGUUGUCCGGCAGAAGCCCACUGAGCUCCUGAAAUACAAUCAGAAGGGGCUGACCCGUGUUUACCCGAAGGGACAGAGGGUGGACUCCUCCAACUACGAUCCCUUCCGCCUCUGGCUGUGUGGCUCCCAGAUGGUGGCGCUCAAUUUCCAGACCGCAGAUAAAUACAUGCAGAUGAAUCAGGCCUUGUUUUCACUCAAUGGGAGGACUGGCUACGUCCUACAGCCCGAGAGCAUGAGGACGGAGAAGUACGACCCCAUGCCGCCCGAGUCCCAGAGGAAGAUCCUGAUGACCUUGACGGUCAAGGUCCUCGGGGCCCGCCAUCUCCCCAAGCUCGGACGGAGCAUUGCGUGUCCCUUUGUGGAGGUGGAAAUAUGCGGAGCCGAAUAUGACAACAACAAGUUUAAGACGACGGUUGUGAAUGACAAUGGCCUAAGCCCUGUUUGGGCUUCAACACAGGAGAAGGUGACAUUUGAAAUUUAUGACCCAAACCUCGCGUUCCUGCGCUUUGUGGUGUACGAGGAAGAUAUGUUCAGCGAUCCCAACUUUCUCGCUCAUGCUACUUACCCCAUCAAAGGAAUCAAAUCAGGAUUUCGGUCUGUUCCUCUGAAGAAUGGGUACAGUGAAGACAUUGAGCUGGCUUCCCUCCUGGUUUUCUGUGAGAUGCGGCCAGUCCUGGAGAGCGAAGAGGAACUGUACUCCUCCUGUCGCCAGCUGCGGAGGCGGCAAGAAGAGCUGAACAACCAGCUCUUUCUAUAUGACACGCACCAGAACUUGCGCAAUGCCAACCGGGACGCCCUCGUUAAAGAGUUCAAUGUCAACGAGAACCAGCUCCAGCUGUACCAGGAGAAGUGCAACCGGAGGUUGAGAGAGAAGAGAGUCAGCAACAGCAAGUUUUACUCCUAGAAGCCGGGGUGCAUGUGUGAGGGUGUUGUGUGUGCGCGCGCGUGUUUGCAUGUAGAAGAAUGUGCUGUAUUCAGACCCUGGGAGCAUGCUAAUGUGUGACGUCAUCUUCUCUUCAAGUCUACAGUCAAGAUGGCGUUCCCGAAGAAGACCCGAUCAGCAUGAGUUGGGGUGAUUUCCUCCUAAUUUUUUCAUCUUGGACAGUUUCUUAACUUAUAAUUCUGUAUAGAGGACCCCAAAAUCACACUCCUCGUUUUUGGCCCCUUGUGUGCCAAACCUCAUUGAAUAAAAGCAGUGAAAGUCUCCAGCAGUUAGACCUUCCGUGCACAGACUGCACCGAACAGGGUUCCUGUUCCGGCCUCUAAUGACCCAGGUCACUGACUUCCAUGGGAGAUGAGCCCCCAGUAUAAGGAACUAGUAAAUUAGCUUCUGCAAAGACUAACUGAAAGGCAAAUGAUUCCACAGUUAAGGCCAUCGGAUUUCACCGAGGCCCAAAGAGGAGCCCUGCCCCUGGCUGCCACAUCUGUCCAGCUUCCCUGCCCCAGGCUCAGUCAACGCACUUGAACUACCACUGGCUGGCUAGCUGGCUAGACAGACCUGCUGUCGUACCUGAGUCUGUAGAACCUCUGUGCAUUAAGACAGUUUCUAGUUAAGGGAGAGACUUGCUCUGUGGCUGGAGUUACUGGGGGUGGGAGGUGGAAAUCGUGGAGCCUCUUUGAUUUAAAAAGCCUGUUAGAAACCAGAGACCCACCGAAGGCCCGCAGGGGAGGCUCUGGGUCUGCGGCUCCCACGGACAAGGGGUCAGUGUACCGAUUAAAACACAGGGACACGAGUCACGCUCCAUGGUGGCAUUUCUCUGGAUUACUGUUUGCUGCCGCAGCAAGCUGAGCCUGUGGCUGAAGCAGUAGAAAGCUACAGAACAUCUCAGAUACCCGGAACAAGAUAACACCCCUCUGCACCUUGAGAUACAACGUAAUGAUUUGUACCUGGUGAUUUAACAAGGCUUUUUAAAGAUGAGGUAGUGGCCGGGGGAGUGGCCAGGGGAGUGGUCAGUAGAGUCACAACCUACUCGGAGUGAAAUGAGAACUGACUUACGAGGAACGAAGGUGUAACUGGGGGAAAGGUUGUGGUGGGGAGGGACUGGCUGGCAGGCAGUAAGACUGAUGGCUUUCGUUGGACGGAACCGGGUCCUGGAAACCCACUGAGCCCUCCCCUAGUUCUGGGCUUAGCACACAUGUAUUACUGACGAGUACAUUCAACCAACCGGCUUUCUGAUCAACAGACCUUGGCCCUUCAGCCCACAGCAAUUUCUGGAGCACCACCAUACCCCAGGCACUAUGCCAAGUGUUAAACAAAAGGUCUUUUCAAAAGAAAUUUAAAAAGCCACGGUCACUGGUCUUACGGUUACAUGUGCUUCUAAAAGAAAGGCAGUGUACGUUGCAGAAAGCCGGGAGACUCGGUACUGGCAGUCUGACCAAGGCGGGGAUCUUAUUCUGUGCCAUCAUUGUAGGUUUUCCUGGAAUCGGGAGUCGCUCUUCCCUUUGGCAGCCUGUAACGGAGGGAAGGCUAUUCCUGCUGGUACAGAUGUGUUCACAGCAGUUUCGGGAAAGGCUGGACGGCAGGAAGUGACAGAUUCCACAGCCAGUGCCCCGUUACCCCCGCAACCCGAUGGCUGCACCCCCACUGCCACCCCCGUAACCUCGCCCGCUCUCUCAUUACCUGUAAGCAGUGGAGCUCAGGUGUUCUGUCCUUCCCUCUGUGUUCAGCUCAGGAGUGAGGAAAGACACGAACCGCCCCACUUCACUCCAUUGUAAAGCCGAAAAGCUAAGGAAGGCCUGGAUCUCCCUUCUGCUUAAAUCAGCGGUUCUCAACCUGUGGGUCGCGACCCCUUUGGGCGUUGAACGACCCUUUCACAGGGGUCACCUAAGAUCAUCGGAAAACACAUAUUUCCGACGGUCUUAGGAACUGAGACACGGGUCCUCUCUCCGUCUCCAGGCGGAUCCGCCCACAUACAGCCUGAGGAACUGUAUUAAAGGGUCGCGGCAUUACGAGGGUUGAGAACCACUGGCUUAAGUGGAUGUUUUGCUACCGUAUCAAAGACAUUGAGGAGUGGUGGCAUAGAAGGCAGGAGUUCAGCAUCUUUCGGCAGCCACUGUGUAGAAUCCAUACCCAGCCAGAGAAAGAACAGGCAGGGGAGGGGAGGUUAUACUCUAAAUGGUGCUGGGAAGAACCCUCUCCCUAAAACCGUCUCCUCCUCCGUGCUAUAAUCACUUGAAUCCACCAUUAGAGAGUAUUUGCUUUGGUGGCUACAUUCUCUUAAUAGGGUAACACAUGAAUCUGAUUCUUGGUAGUGGCAGGAUUCUCUGAGGAAGACACAGAAGGGAAAAGUGAAGGGUACAGAUGACACCAUUGCUCUUUCUAGAGUCUGCCUGGAUGCCACAAAACCCAAGUCCUAUAAAAUAUCUAGCGGAGAUUAUGGCUUAAUAGUCAUGUGUUCAGCACAGUUCAUUCAGAUCAAGCAGAACAGUGAUGGGAACAUCCUGAAAUAUGGCAGCAGCAUUGACGGACCAAAGCCAUGAUUCUAUGUGAAAUUGUUUUUGUUCAUCCUUUCCCUAAGGAUAUAAUUUAGGUAUCGGUUAUCACAUGAAUAACCGAUUGGUUAUCACAUAAAUAAAAGGGGGAGGCUGGUUGGAUCAUUUGAGUUUGGAAAAUUUAGGUUAUACAAAGUUAAAUAUUUUUCCUGUGAAACUUGGUUAUUCUAAUGCACACGGUUAAGAGGGGUGUAGAAUAUCAUAUUUCCCAAAUUUGAUCUCAAGACCCUUUUGCCAAGGAAUAUCUCAUGGGACUAAUGUACAGUGGAAUACAUUUGAAGAUUUGCUGCUUUAUUAAGAAGGCAGCCAGGCAGCAUAACAUAAUAAUUUACAGUUGAACCUUGAACAACAAUGGGGUUGGGGCACUGACCCCCCUCCCCAUUGUGUAGUAAAAAAUCUUCAUAUAACUUUUUACUCCCCCCAAAUUUAACUAAUAGCUUACUAUUGACCAAGCCUUACCAAUGACAUAGUCAAUUAACACAUAUUUUGUAUGAUAUACGCAUUAUAUGCUGUAUUCUCACUAUACAGUAAGCCAGAGAAAAGAAAAUAUUAAAAGCAUAAGGAAGAGAAAGUACAUUUACAGAAUUUAUUGAAAAAAAUCCACAUAUAAGUGGACCUGUGUGGUCAAAACCUGUGUUGUUCAAGGGUCAACUACAUAUGCCCUGUGACCUAGUUCAAUAAAAUCUAAACUGAAGCCACCAAGGCCAAUGGUCUUUAAACUGGACCAGGCUUACUGCCAGACUUGGAAAGUCUCCCAGAACUUGGCAAGGAAUACUCAGGCUCGAACAGUUUUAGGGGAUAAAUUCUCAGAUCCUCACCUUUCUAUUAUUCUUAAGAAUUACCUGCCUGAGCAUAUGCCCUUUUCUCCCUCACAAAAGCAAACAUCCUUUCCCAUCUUUAGUCUUACUGUAGAGCAUGACACAAGGUGUAAGAUUCAAAACAUGGGUGUUUAGACAGCGAGGGCUUCUUAACAGCAGGGCAAAAAUCCCUUCGCAAGUCUGGUGGUUCCAAAUUCUGUUUUCAACAAAAUGGAAGGGACACCCAGGAUUGCCGGGUAUUUCAGCGUGUAAUUCCAAAGGAGUUGGAAGAAUUCAGUUAUCACGUUAUCACAAAGCUCCUUAUGUUCCCAUCUAAUCACCUGUGUGAACAAGGACUAUCAACACCUUCAUAUGGAAAAUGUAAAAGAAUAGAAUUGAUGCUGUACCAUGGCCAUUCUAACACAGAUCAUAUUAAUCUACAAAUA